CACAGUCCCCGCCCCAUGACGCACAGUCCCCGCCCCCCCGGGCCGCAACCUCUCGCGAUAUCUUAUGGGAGGUCGGACAGGGCCAGGUGCUGUCAUGGCGGCCGAAGAGACGGAUGUGGAUGUUGAAGGGGAUGUGGUGGCGUCGGGCGCACAGCCAGGAAGUGAUGAAAGUACAGCAUCAGUUUUACAACAAGAACACUAUCUUGAUUCAUCGUGGAAAAAUGCGAAUGGCCUUAUUCCUUGGACUCUAGAUAGCACCAUCAGUGAAGAGAACAGAGCUGUCAUUGAGAAAAUGUUAUUGGAAGAACAGUAUUACUUAUCUAAAAAAUCUCUUCCGGGAAAAUUCUGGCUUGAUCGAAAAGAAGAUAAUAAAAAACACAUGAACAGGGUACAAUCUCCUACAAAACCAGCCAGUUACUCAGUAAAGUGGACGAUAGAAGAAAAAGAGCUGUUUGAACAAGGGCUGACUAAAUUUGGUCGAAGAUGGACCAAAAUUGCAAAGCUCAUUGGAAGUCGCACUGUUUUACAAGUGAGGAGUUAUGCCAGGCAAUACUUUAAAAAUAAGGUAAAAUGGGGUCCUGAGAAAGAAACACGAAAUGAGAAGAGCAGCAGUGAUCUUCAGGUUGAAAAUGAUGAUAAAGGGACAGCAGCCCAGACGCCAUCAUGUUUAAGGGCACGUAUUGAUCCUAACUUGAAUGCUGUAAGGAUUGAAAAGUUAUCUGAUGAUGAAGAAGUAGACAUCACAGAUGAGGUAGAUGAGUUGAUUUCUCAAACACCACAAAAGAAUCCUAACAGUAGUCUCUCAUCUGACAGUCCUAAUAGUAAAAUAUGUGAAACCAGUCGCAGAGCAUGCAUACCCGAGGAAAGUCCCUUUUCCGAAUCUUCCAGGGAGCAUCUUCACAAUAUAAAGCAAGACGAAAUGGAAACACAUUCAAGCUCAGAAAAUACAGUGUGGACUGAAAAACAAGGCAACGGUGGCAAAAACCCAGUUGAGUUAAAUGAUCAGAAACAUAAUAAACUGCAUGCUGGAAACAUAAUAAUAGAUGACGCUGGACGGUGGCCUUCUUCAGAGCCUUGUGAAAUUCAGAAAGGUGCAAGUGAUAGUGAAGUGCUUUUUCAUUCUUGCCAAGUGGUGGAGGAGAGCCAUGAGGAAGAAGAGCUUAAGCCACCAGAACAAGAAGUAGAAAUAGAUAGAAAUGUUGUUCAAGAAGAAGAAAAACAAGCAAUUCCUGAGUUUUUUGAGGGGCGCCAAACUAAGACACCAGAGCGCUAUUUGAAAAUUAGAAAUUACAUUUUGGAUCAAUGGAAGAUAUGCAAACCAAAAUACUUAAAUAAGACCUCAGUACGCCCUGGCCUGAAGAACUGUGGGGAUGUUAAUUGCAUUGGACGGAUUCAUACAUACCUGGAGUUGAUAGGAGCAAUCAACUUUGGAUGUGAACAGGCUGUGUAUAACAGGCCACAACCCAUUGAUAAAAUUCGAGUCAGAAAUAAAAGAGACUCUGUAGAAGCAUACCAGCUGGCACAGCACCUGCAAUCCAUGCGCACUAGGAGGCGGAGAGUCCGAGACCCAUGGGGAAACUGGUGUGAUGCAAAGGAUUUAGAAGGACAGACUUUUGAGCAUCUCUCUGCCGAGGAGUUGGCAAAAAGAAGAGAAGAGGAAAACAGCAAACCUGCCAAAUCUUCUAAAGUGUCAAGAUUAGCAAAAAGCUCAUUUGAUCCCUUCCAACUGAUAACUUGUAGUACUUUCAGUGGAGAAAAACAGGAGCCAUUUCAGGUGAAAGUGGCUUCAGAAGCACUUUUAAUAAUGGAUUUGCAUGCUCAUGUUUCUAUGGCAGAAGUAAUUGGUCUGUUAGGAGGAAGAUACUCAGAAGUUGGUAAGAUAGUGGAAGUCUGUGCAGCAGAGCCAUGUAACAGUCUCAGUACAGGACUGCAGUGUGAGAUGGAUCCUGUAUCACAAACACAGGCCUCAGAAACCUUGGCUGUUAGAGGAUACAGUGUGAUUGGAUGGUAUCAUUCUCAUCCUGCAUUUGAUCCUAAUCCUUCCUUACGAGAUAUUGACACACAGGCCAAAUACCAGAGUUACUUCUCAAGAAGAGGUGCAAAGUUCAUUGGGAUGAUUAUUAGUCCCUAUAAUCGAAACAAUCCUUUGCCGUAUUCUCAGAUUACCUGCCUGGUCAUCAGUGAGGAAAUCAGCUCAAAUGGCUCCUAUCGUUUACCUUACAAAUUUGAAGUGCAGCAGAUGUUAGAAGAACCUCAGUGGGGAUUAGUGUUUGAAAAGACAAGAUGGAUGAUAGAAAAAUAUAGGCUCUCCCGUAGCAGUGUCCCCAUGGAUCAAAUGUUUCGCCAGGAUUCCGACCUGACUUGUUUACAGAAGCUUUUGGAGUGUCUGAGGAAAACUCUGACCAAAGUAACCAGUCGCUUCAUUGCUGAGGAAUUUUUGACUCGAAUAGAAAAUUUGUUCCUUUCCAGUUACAAAAGCAAGCAAGAGGACAGAGUGGCUGAAGAGAACUGUACAAAGGAAUUGUUAGUCUAAUUAUUUUAUUUUAAAGUAAGACAUUUUAAUCUUGACACGAUAAGAUCCUGCUUUCAAGUUUGGACAUUGAAAUGAUGGUAGUUUACCUGUAGCGGAACGAAACUAAGUUGCCCAGGCUGGGCUGGAACUUGUGAUCUUCCCUCUGCCUCUCAGAAUGCUGAGAUUACCAGGGCACACCCCCAUGCUCAGCUGGGCUUGUCCUCAUGUCGUGCUCAGCAGCGUUAUGAAAACCAGGCCCAGCGCAGUCUUCCUGUCUUUUGCUGAAUAAUGCAGUAAACUAUGAAAACUUACA